AUUUUAACGAGCGGUUUUUGGCGUGUUUUGUUCCACUGCACCCGAAACGUACGGACCAUUGUCGUGAACCGUUGUUUUCGGUUCACAUUUUCGGUCAUUGGCACCAUCAUUCGUUUUUCUCCACAAUUUCCCGCAAAUAGAGAGGCUCGAAAACCCUUAAACCCUAAAUUUCCAACCAUUCACUCUAACACUUCAGUAUCAGUACGAUGAAUGAUUCAUAACAUAAAUUUUCCCUAAUAUCAAUUCAUCGAUAAUUGAAGUUCCCUAUUUACUCAGGUGCCUGUAUUACAGUUUGGGUGAACUGUGGGCUGUGAUUUUUAUUUUUUAAUUUUUUUUUUUCUGGUUUAAAAAUGGCGAGGCUUCUUCGAAAUGCGUCUUCUCUGAGGCGCUCUUUGUUUCCACAGUUACAGGAAUCUAGGCACGGUAUAUCAAAACCAACCACUCAACUAUGCUACUUUGCGACCAAAGGUAAAAGGAAAUCAAAGUUAGAUUCAAGUGAUUCUGGUGAAGAGAAUAUGUCCCAGAAAGAUUUAGCCCUCAAGCUAGCUGUCGAUCAGAUUACUUCAUCAUUUGGAAAAGGAUCCAUCAUGUGGCUUGGUAGGUCAGUCACUCCGAGGCAAGUUCCUGUGGUGUCUACUGGAUCUUUUGCUUUGGAUGUUGCACUAGGAGUAGGAGGACUUCCUAAGGGACGAGUGGUUGAGAUAUAUGGCCCAGAGGCAUCUGGGAAAACAACUCUUGCUUUGCAUGUGAUUGCUGAGGCACAGAAACAAGGAGGUUACUGUGUCUUUGUUGAUGCUGAGCAUGCUCUUGAUCCGGCCCUUGCCGAAGCAAUAGGAGUGAAUACUUCAAAUUUGCUUCUUUCACAACCAGAUUGUGGUGAGCAAGCUCUUAGCCUUGUGGAUACUCUAAUCAGGAGUGGUUCAGUUGAUGUUGUUGUUGUGGAUAGUGUAGCUGCCCUGGUCCCCAAGGCUGAACUUGAUGGUGAAAUGGGAGAUGCGCACAUGGCCAUGCAAGCUAGACUGAUGAGCCAGGCACUACGCAAAUUGAGCCACUCUUUAUCUCAAUCGCAGACAAUCUUAAUCUUUACAAAUCAGGUGAGAGCGAAAUUAUCGACUUUUGGAGGAUUUGGUGGCCCCGUUGAAGUUACCUGUGGUGGUAAUGCCUUGAAAUUUUAUGCUUCAGUUCGUCUGAAUAUUAAGAGAAUAGGGCUUGUCAAGAAGGGAGAUCAGACUAUAGGAAGCCAAGUUGUCGUGAAGAUUAUAAAAAACAAACAUGCACCUCCAUUUAAAACGGUUGAAUUUGAGCUUGAAUUUGGGAAGGGGAUUUGUAGGGUGGUGGAGAUCAUAGAAUUGGGAUGCAAACACAACUUGAUCAAGAAAGCUGGCGCAAUGUAUUAUGUGAAUGAUCAGAUUUUUCGCGGUAAGGAUGCUAUUAAAAGAUACUUGUCUGAAAAUGAAAGUGCACAGGAAGAAAUUAUGGUGAAACUGAGAGAGAAGCUUAUUGAUGCGCGACCAGACGAGGAAACUCAGUCCGAUGUAGGGGCUAUUGGUGGAGACUCCAUGGAGGAGGUUGUAGACGAGGAAAAUAAGUCCGAUAUAGAGGCUAUUGGCGGAGACUCUGUUGAGGAUGUCAUUGUCUCUGACAGUACCGAUGAAGAAGUUACUGCCGUUGAGGCACAAGUGUGAAUGACCUCAAGAUGUAAGUCCUCAUCCCAUUUUCUUCACCAAAUGAAGGCUACUUAUCGUGCUUUGCAAGAUUCGGCAUUUCUGUGUGUGCAUAGAAUCGACCGAAGUAAUUGAUAGCACGUAGGGGAGCAGUUUCCGUAUAUAAUAGCACAACCUCUUCUGUUGUAACGGAUAUCUGUAUUUCGACGCGAUUCCUUGCAAGUUAAACAUGCUGCAUACUUAGGGUCAUGUUGAUGAAAUUGUAUGGGUUCAAAGGAACUUUAAUAGCUGAGCUGUUGCCAAUGCCAGUCAUUUAAGUCGUCUCUCUCCUGCACUAACGAAAAUAUUGCACCUUUUGAUUAUUAUUAUUUUUUAUUUCUGCACAAUUUUUCAUUUUGUUCUUAAGUUUGAUAGCUAGCUGGUGCUAAUGCAUCGCCCUUACAGUGCUUUGAAGGAUGUGUGUAACAGUGUUUUUUAAUUUUUAAUAUAUAGAUUGUCACA